AUGGAACCUGGUGCUGGUACAAGAUUGAUGACAUCUUCAGGACAUAAUGUAACAGCUCUGGACUUGGGUGCUUCAGGAAUCAACCCGAAACAGGCCCUCGAAAUCCCAAUUUUUUCUGAUUACUUAACGGAAUUCAUGGCUUCACUUCGUGAUUUGGCACUGGCCACUAUACUAGUAAGGCCAUAUCAUUUAUACCAUGUCGAAGAUGUUGCUAAGGAGAUACUUCUUUCAAGCAAAAGGUAUGGAUCUGUUAGGCGAGUGUUCAUUGUUGCUGCUGAAAAUGAAGCUCUGAAGAAGGAAUUUUCACAGUUGAUGAUUGAAAAAAAUCCACCUGAUGAAGUAGAAGAGAUCCAGGGCUCUGACCACGUGAUCAUGAUGUCUAAGCCCCAACGAUUUUUUACUACUCUUCUGAGCAUUGCCAACAAGUAUAUUUUUAUCCUUUUGCCUUCAUACGACGACUCUCAGUAA